ACGACCACAGUCGACAGUCCCCAACUCAUCAUAUCAAUCGUUAUUUCAAAUCUGGUUAGGGAGAGAAAGAGAGGGUACUAAAUAAUCAGUAAUAACAGUUCGCAAGUGGUUGAUCUACUCACCUAAAUCGCAUUGAUUUCCUUUUUCUGGGUUUUUUUUUCCUUUCAAAUACCCACUUCCUUAUAUUCUUUUCUCCCCCUCAACUAUCUCUCCCUCUACACUUGGAUCUUCCAUGGCGGGAGCCCUUUCAGUUCUGAAGCGUAUAUACCUCACCAUUUACAACUGGACCAUCUUUUUCGGAUGGUUUCAAGUGCUGUAUCUGGCUUUGAAGACCCUGAAAGAAUCGGGACACGAACAUGUCUAUGACGCCAUUGAAAAGCCUCUGCUUUACGCUCAAUCCGCCGCCGUUUUGGAGAUACUUCAUGGGCUAGUGGGUUUGGUAAGAUCACCAAUUACAGCAACACUUCCACAGAUAAGUUCGAGGUUGUAUGUAGUUUGGGGUAUCUUAUGGAGUUUUCCUGAGACUCAGAGCCAUAUACUUGUUAGCUCUUUGGUCAUCAGCUGGUCUAUUACAGAGAUUAUUCGAUAUUCUUUCUUUGGCACAAAAGAGGCGCUUGGUUCUGCACCUUCCUGGCUCUUGUGGUUCAGGUAUAGCACGUUCUUGUUGUUAUACCCAACUGGCAUUACAAGUGAGCUUGGUUUAAUAUAUACUGCCUUGCCUUACAUGAAGGAAUCUGAGAAAUAUUGUAUAAGGAUGCCCAACACAUGGAACUUCUCUUUUGUUUACUCCUAUGCCGCAAUUCUUGUCCUUGGAAUCUAUGUCCCAGGCAGCCCACACUUGUACUCCUACAUGCUUGGGCAGAGGAAGAAAGCGCUAUCCAAAUCAAAAAGGGAGUAGAGUGAUGCAGUAGAAGUUGUUUAAGAACUGGUUUAUCAGCAUUUUUGUGUAGCAACCUAGCAUCUUUGGUUAUCUCUAUCAAGUUUAAUUCCAAAGACUUACCAAUUUUUUCUUUAUAAUAACCAAAAGCUCGGACUUCAUCGAAACUUAUGUUGCAAAUGCGAACAGUAGACUUGUUCCAUGUGAUAAAAUAAUCUCUCUCAAACUAGUAUGAGUUUUGUAGGCCUGUGUGUGUGUGUGUGUGAGGGAGAGAGAGAGACAGAGAGAGAGAGAGUUGUUUGCUAUGAAAUGAUUUACUAUUGC